AUGGAAUAUCUAGUAGCAUCGCCCGUUGACAAAGCGGGCGCUGUACUGUAUGCUAUCUCAUCGUACAGUACACUGUACGGUACAGUGUACAGUACUACAGUACACAAUGAGGUGGCAUUGUGUGGUUUGAUAAAUGGCUGCUGCACAGUGCACACUGUACAGUACUAUGCAUACAGUGUACGCUACACUGUACACUGUACAGUACAAUGGAUUGAUUGCAUACUGUACACUGUGCACUGUACAGUAGUGUACUGUACAGUAUUGUACAAUGGAUGUAGGCAGUACUACUGUACACUGUACACCUUGACUGCAUACUGUACACUGUACACUGUACAUGCAAUCAUGCAUUCAUUCAAGGACGUCGUACAGCCUUCAGUAUCAAGUCGGGUGAUGAAAAGUGACUGUACACUGUAG